AAGUUCUACCAUGAUCUUUUCAUGACUCAUAUAAACUGUACUGGCGUCAGGAUUUCCCCCACUCCCUCGCCCCCCGUCGCAGCAAGCUCGCUAUGUUCGCUCCUCCGAUACGGCAUAGUGGUCGCAACAUCAUGUUUGCGCCUUCGCGCUCGGCUCAGACGUUCAGGGCUUUCUACGCAACCGUCCGUAAUUUGAGGGAGCCAUCCGUGGUGUCUGAGACAGACAAUGUAGAGCCAUCGGAGAAGGACUUCAUACUGUCUAUUUUACGCGCAAACCCGUCGUUGCGAGAUACCCGGUCCUACCUUGCAUCAUUUGGGCCUCGUCCUCAGCGUCCACAACCUCCAAUCAAGCCAAGGGAGGAGACUGUGUCCCCUGCUGCACAAGAACACGAGACUAAGGAAGUCCGCCCGCCAGAUAUAGAGCAUCAGCCGCAAAGCCCCGUCGUGGCGUCCAUUCUUGAUCCUAUACAGCGCCGGACAGCGCUUGUCAAGAUCCAGGGUCCAUUCACAGAGCGGCAGCUUGAAAGCAUCGCCACAGGCAUGGUCUACCUCGAGAAGCUGGGACUCGUCAGUGUCAUCGUAGUUGGGAACGAUGCUGUGCCGAAGGGCGAGGACGGAGAACGUGCUGCAAUGGUGGAGGAAUUGACGCGUGUGGUCAAUGCUCUCGAGAAGCAAGGCGCGAAGGCUCGUCCGGUCCUAGGUGCCGUCGUGCGCUUGGGCCCCAAGCCAGGAGACGAGGAAUCCACAGAGCGGCAAGGUUUCACCGUGCCAGAGGCUCAUACCUUCCCUUCGGACCUCGUUCACAUCCGCUCGGCAUUGCGGGCGGGCGAGAUUCCUGUUUUAUCACCAUUGGCGCUCGAUUCUUUCUGUCGUACCGUCCGUGUGGAAGCGAAUGACGUUGUAGCGGCGCUCACGCGCGGCAUGGUGGAAGCUGCCGCGGAAGGUGGCCAGCAUCGAGACGCCAACUAUGACGGAUCUACCGGCGAGGUCAAUUUGACGCCGUUGCGUCUGAUGAUCAUCAACAAGGAGGGCGGUGUGCCUUCCUACGCACGCUUCGGGAUGCCUCACUUGUUGGUCAACCUCGAUGCCGAGUACUCGUACAUUCAUGAGACGUUUGACUCGCGGUGGCAGAACUCCCAUCCUACAGCCCUGUCGAACCUCUCCCUUGCCCGGACCUGCCUCUCGUACAUGCCACCAACCUCUUCCGCAGUCAUGGUAUCUCACCGGUCACCAAGCUCGCUGAUCGCUAAUCUCAUCACAAACAAGCCCGCUGUGAGCUCUAGCUUGCCGCACGCAUUGCUGCAAGGCAACCGCAAGCUCACUCCGCAUACACCCACUCUGUUGCGGCGGGGCUUGCCGGUUCGUGUCAUACGCACUCUAGCCGAGGUCAAUAAGGAGAAGCUGAAGGCGCUCCUGGAGCAGUCCUUCAAACGCACGCUUGACGAAGGGCCCUUCUGGGAGCGCCUUGAAAAGCACCUCGAUUAUGUUAUAGUGGCAGGCGACUACGCAGGUGCUGCUGUCGUGACGCGAGAAGCCAACUCGUCUUCGUCGGAGCCCAUCACAUAUCUCGAUAAAUUCGCCGUGCUUCCGAGCCAUCAGGGAGAUGGCACGGUGGACUUCCUGUGGGUUGCAUUGCACGAUGAGUCGUACGGCCUUGGUCUACCGUUCUCCGCCAACCCUAACGGAGGAAAGCAAGGCAAGGGCGAGGGUUGCGAUCUUGUCUGGCGCAGUCGAGCGGAUAACCCGGUCAAUAAAUGGUACUUUGAACGUAGCUCUGGGCACUUUCGGAUGGGCAAAUGGAUCUUGUUCUGGUGCGAUGCUGAGAUUAGGCUGAAGACCGUGGAGGGUCGCCGUGGCAGUGCAGGGCUUUCGUACUUGGAGGAAUGGGAGGGUGGACGGCUUGCUCGUUGGGCGGGCGUCGUCGACAAGAUACCAUCAAGUUGGAGAAAGUAACUUAUACCACGCAUAUGACUGAUGGUCUAGUGUAUUGCUGGACUCCAGUAACUGUUGUCAUAAUGUCUCGUCGGCCUGUAUCUCUAUCUUGACCUACUAGAUAGUUGCUCUUGACUCACUCACUCGCAACAGCCGGAUGAUUGUAAAUUGCAGAUCCUGUCUUCAUACACGUAGUAUACGAAACGUACUAACACACAAUCGCGCAUAUCUCCCAAGAUAGGCUUUCACUUAGUAGAACGGUAGAACCUACUAUAGAGAAGAAACAAAGUCAAACGGAGUCUGAGAAUACGACGAACGAAUGAGACGCGUAAUCAUGGCAGUGAAUAGGC